AUGACGAACCAGUUUCAAGGUCUCCGACUGACGAUUCGAGCUGUGCUCGUGUCAUCCCUCCUAGUUCUUGGUCAUUUUCUCCUCAUAUCGGCUCCGAACCUCGCAGCAGAUGAGGAUACUCAGUCCGCCCUUCGCGCUUCCUCUGCCAUUCUCUUUCACACCCUCUUAUGGACGAUUUUUGUCCUUUUCGAAGAGGCCGACUCUGGCUCCAUGGGACAAGCAAAAGUCAAUGAAGGCUCUGGAGCCUUGUUCAUCAGUACCGCUGCUGAAUGGAUCCUAAAUUCAAUCAUCUUUGGAGCUUGGAUCGCUUAUGCUGGACCAACGAGUGCAUUGAUCAAAAGCGUUGUUAUAGGAAAUACAGCGGGCCUCUGGAUGAUCCCCGUCUCCUACAUGUUGGCCAUCGCAGCGGUCACGACGCUUCAAGUACAUCUCGUAUUCUCCAUCCUCCUCUACGCCAUCCGUUCUGGCCCUGGAGAAUUGCUCAGAUGGUCUUUCUGGCGUGAACGUGCAGGUCAUUGGGAACCCUCUAUCAGGCUCGCAGAGGAUGAGGUUGACGACUUGGUCUCUUGUGAGAAAGGCUUGUUAGGGAGUGUGCAGGAUCUGAAGAAGUAG